UGGAUGACGGACGUGAAGGAGCUAGGAGGAGAAAUAAGUGCAGUAGAUGUGAUCAACCGGGUCACAACAAAAAUAGGUGUCCAGUUAGUAUUAGGCGUUGAUUUGUAUUAUGUAUCGUUUUGCACUAUGUCAUUCGUAGUUGUUAUCUUUGAAGCGUAUGAUACUCGUUAUUUGUAAUAUGUUCUGUAUGCAACUCCGUUCAUUUCACCCAUGCACUCUGUAUAUAUGCUCAUAUUUUAAUCACAGGUCUAUUCAUUAUGGAUCCGGGACCGGAGAAUCCCGACGUUUUGUACCUUCAGGCGAGUCAUUGUUCAGACCAUAUUGGUUCGGGAGAGCCCGUACCAGAGUACACGAUGAUCGAGCAUUCCCAUAGUCAUUCGGCAUGGGUCAUAGAGGAUGAGAGGGUACUAGCUUUGAUCGCUCAGGCCGGUUUUCGACCGUGUUCGACGAUUCGUUAUAUCAGGCUUGAUUGGCCGCUUAUCACUGCUUUGAUUGAGAGGUGGAGGCCAGAGACCAACACCUUUCACAUGCAUAUAGGGGAGUGCACGAUCACUUUACAGGACGUGGCCGUCAUACUUGGGCUCCGGAUUGAUGGACCGGUAGUUACGGGCACCGACGAUCAUAGUUGGCCGGAGGUAUGUGGCCGGCUACUUGGACAGGUUCCCGACUUGAGGAGUGGUGCGAUGAAGCUAUCGUGGCUUCGUCAGACAUUUCAGGGCGACAUACCAGAGGAUGCCUCUGAUGAGACGCUCCAGUUUCAUGCUCGUGCAUACAUAUUGCACAUGAUAGGGUGCGUACUAUUUCCUGAUGCGAGCAAGACUCUCGUACAUGCACGAUGGCUGCCACUGCUGGAGGAUUUUGGUGUAUGCGGGGCACUAUCGUGGGGCAGUGCGGUGUUGGCAUAUUUGUAUCGAGAAUUGAGUAGAGUAUCUCUGAUGCAGAAUAAAGAAUUCAAGGGAUGCUGUACGUUGAUACAGAUUUGGUCAUGGGAGCGCAUUCAUAUUGGACGACCCACUUUACUUAUGCACCGUGACUUAGAGGGGCAGUAUCCGUUGGCAUACAGGUAUAACGUGCGAUACGCUCAGUACAAAUCAGCGACGCGUCACCGUCAGUUUUACCGAAAUGAGCUUGAUGGCCUCCAGCAUGAACAGUUCAAGUGGAGACCCUAUACACCGCCGGAGCUCGAUAUACAUUCUCUUGCACCUAUCUGCCGAGAUAGUCCCGGCUUGUGGAGAGCCAGAGUUCCAUUGAUCUGUUGGGAGAUCGUAGAGAUGCAUGUACCGGACCGUGUGCUACGGCAGUUUACACUCUCUCAGCAUAUUCCAGAUCCUGUCGAGCAGAUCAAUCGUCGGCGGCGCCCUACAUCGCACCGGACUGACUGGGCCGUAGUCCGUGCGGACUACAUAGGCAGGUGGGUUCAGAGGUGGGAUUGCAUACAGGAUACGAGGCCCACAGCUGUUGACUAUACCACGUAUAUGCGUUGGUAUUGGGGUAUCACACGUAGAUGGAUCACGCGUGACCCACAGCCUUUAGCUGGACACAUGCCACGCCCACCGACAGAUAGUUACAUCCCUAGUGGGAUGAACGAGAGAGAUUACGUCCGUGUUUUAGAUAGCAUUGAUGCUGAUAUUGAUGCGCACGUGACUGAGAUUCAGGAUCAGGUGGCGUUAGGUCUCCUCAGCAGGAUCAAGAAGAGCAUAGCGCAGGUGUUCCAUAAGACUCACGUCGACGAGUUCGCAGGCCGUGAGGACAGGUCUCGCUCAUUUGGACGGGCGUACGCUCGACGUCGACGGCCGCGUGAUGAUGACGCCGGCACUUCGCAUGCCGAUGGAGCCGGCACUUCGCAUGCCGAUAAAACGCAGCUGGAAAAAAGUUGCAGUCACAAUUUGCCAGAGACUCGGUUCGCUGGAAAUUUUCGACUGUAA